AGCAGCUCCAGGAUGAAGGGAUGAAACACAUGUCAGGAGGUGACUUUUAUUCCUCCCUCUCUCUGCCUCUUCUUGUUUUAUCUCCAUCUUUCUGCUCUCGGGGAGGAGGGGGCAGAGAAAGGCGAGGCUCUGUUGUCAGAUGUGUGGGUCUGGCCGGCGUGGCCCCUCCCACCAGCCAGCCAGCAUUACAUACUGCUGCUGCUCCGGCUCUUAGCAACGAGCCUCAGCAACAGAGCCACAGCAACAGCGUGCAGUGUCUCCCCAAUGGAGCUGCCAUUGGGCGGACCGGCUCUCAGGCACUACACCCAGAGCAGACCCAGACCCCACCGGCAGAAACUCAACCACCGGCCCAGCAGGCAGCAGGAGACGAUCAUUGAGAAUGAUGAUGAAGUCCUGGAGCUGAUGGGGAGAGUAGAUGAAGGAGUAGAAGAGUUCUUCACCAAGAGAGUUCUUCCUGCUGACACACUGAAAACCCAAGAUGAGGAGGCGAUCACGGUGCACAGCGAGGUUUCUCCUGCCAGCUCGGCCCCGUGUCCAGCUCCCACCAGAACCCUCCGGAGGAAGCUCGGAGACUUCUUCACCCUGAAGAAGAGACGAGGGCUGAAGUCCGAGGGCAGCCAGGAGGGCCGGGCCAAGAAGACCUCCAUCGCUGACCUCAUCCGGCCCCUCAGGGAGGUUGCCAGGGCCGAGAAGGACAAAGACAAGGAGCGAGUCAAGGAGCAGGACAAGGAGAACGAGAAGGAGAAAGGGAAGGAGCUGACUGGAGAGCCAGCUGGUCAGGAGGCUCCUGGUGCUCCUCUCAGGGGGGAGGCGGCACCUCCUCGCCGAGCGCUCAGAGAGGGGAAGUCCCAGUCCCUCAUCCUGCUGUCGGGGUCCGCAGCCGGGACCACCAACGCCAGGAACACGUCUAAGAAACAGUUCGAAGGCCAACACAGCUUUGAACAGAAACUCCAUCUGAUGCUUCAGCGCAUCGGCGUGUCCAAAGCCCAGCCAGGAGACUCUCAGAAUCAGGAAGGAGAGAUGAAAAAAGCAGAAUCUGAAGGUACGAUCAUUGACAGUAAACCUGAGCCACCUCCCACUUUCACCAAGCCUCGAACCAUGUCUGCAUCAUCAGACACGAGGCACCAAAUGCGCCCGAGUGUGUCCGCACACGAGUCGGCUGGGAAACCUGCUCUGCUUCCAAAGCCCGUCAUCAAGCCGGGAGCUCCGCCCACAACCUCCGGACGCAACACGCCUGAGAACGAGCUGGCCCAGAUCCUGGAGGGGGACGCCAGCACGCCCACCAAGCAGAGUCCAGCUGCUGCUCCUGCACCCACCACCUCCACCACCACUCCCACUGCACCGACAAUCUCUGGCUCCGCCCCUGACUCCGCCCAGGACCCCGCCCCUGACUCCGCCCCUGACUCCGCCCAGGUCUCCAGUACUGAAGCUGCCUCUGACUCACAGAGAUGCACUGACUCUGUUACCUCCACAGCUCCAACACCUGCUGAUGUUACAGAGCUCCACAGCAAACCUUCUGUCUCUGAAGCUAACGCUACUAGCGCUGACCAGCCCACCUCCACCUCCACCUCCCCCACAGAGCCCCCCACCACUGCUCCACCUCCUGCUGCUUCCUGUGACUCCGUCACUCCGAGCCUCUCCGUCACUUCCAGCUCAGCAGCGAUAACUUCCGUCACCACCACGUCUCAAACACUUUCUGCUGCCAGCCAUGAAAGCUCCGCUUCCACAACACCAACAGCUCCCAGCGUGUCAGAGACUCCACCAGGCGUUGGUGCUGCCACCAGCAGCUCCGUCAGUGAAACAGCUGAUGAUCUGACUCCAGCCGCCUCCACCUGCUCUGAGACUUUAGUGUCAUCAGUCUGUGGAACAACACCUCCACCUCCUGAUCCAGCCACCGAUGUCUCCGCCCCCUCCACCUCCUCCAGUGAGACCAACCCCACCGACACCACCUCCACGGCCUCCAGUCUGAAGCGUGCUGACACCACCUCCACCUCCAGCUCAGCGACCGCUACAGCCAUCUGCUCCCCCCUCCUGGCCGACUCAGACGCUCCCUUCACCUACUCCGUCAGCUCCGUCAGCUCCUCCCUCCCAUCAGCUCCUGACCAAUCAAGUGCUCCUUCUGACCCCCUGACUGGCCCCGCCCCCUCCAGAGACGCUCCAGGACCAGAACCUGACGGACAGACACCUCCAGAGGAAAGAUCUGCUGCAGAACCUGCAGAGAAGACCACAGCAGCAGAUGAAGAGCCUGAGACGGUUAAAAGCAGCGAGCAGACGGAGAUCGAGGAGAGCAGCAGAGUGAGUGACAGCCAGACAGAAAAGGAGAAACCAGCUCUCUCUUCUAACAGCGAGGUGAGAAUGACAGGAAGUGAGAAACCUGAAGAAGACUCGAUGAAACCAGAAGAGGAACCAGCUGAACCUGGAUCAGGGAGAGAGGAGCCCUGCAGCACCCAGGGGGAGGUCGAAGGUCAGAAACAAGAGGAGGAGGAGGAGUGAUGUUAGAGGAGGAGACGUCUAAACACGGGACCAACUACUGUGACAGGCCACAGUAAGGUUAACGGAGGGAGACCUCCUCCAGACCUCCAGGGACCACCUCCUGCAGCAGCACACCACAGGGUGGCCCCCCCGGACCAAAGAACUGAGUCCCCUUGGUGUGAUGUCAUCAACAAAUCCAGCAGUGUCUUUGUCCUUUUUUAACUUUUGUUUGAAUUUUUGCAUUGCACGUAUGAUUAUUAUAUUAUGUACCAUAAGACAACUACUGUGGUAAAUACACCAUGUUUACAAUAGAUGGAUAAGAGACACAGUUAUGAAUAUUAAAUGGAUUAUUGAAUUGA